UGUGGCAACCCUGCGUUCAGGCACGCCAUAUUUUGCAAGAACGAAAAAUUUGCGUAGCGCACGGGCAAAAACCAGAAAAUCAAUAAGAAUUGCUGGUAAAAUUGGUUCAAAUCGGUGCGAAACGCGUGUGAUAAUUGCUCGGGCCAAAGGUCAAGGGGUUUGUGGCCAUUUCAGCUGUGGUUUCCCAACGCCGCAAAUGCGACAACAACGUAGAAGAGGAAGAGAACUUGGGGCAGCGCAGCCAGUAAAAAGGGAAAUUAAAAGUUUACCAUGAAGGAAGUGGCGAAUCCGAUAGGAAGUCAGCCCAAAAUCACGGAGGCCUCGUCCUCGAUAAUAACCUACAGUCCCAGCAAGUUUCUCACUCGCGUGGGCGCAGGGAAAACCACAUACACCACACACACACACACAACAACAACAGCAGCGACGUCUGCAGCGGCGGCGGUAGCGGCAACAAAAACAAACAAUGCGCCAGUGGGCGGAUCCAGUGCCUCCUACUAUGUGGUCAAGGCCGGCUCCCUGGGCAGCGCAGCCUCCAUGACGGGAUCCAUCAAAGUCAGCUCGCCGCCAAAGGCACCAACGGCGAUUAGGUCGCCCGCUUUGGUCAUCACAUCGCCCUCGACGCCAACCGAGAGUUCCAGCACCAUUUCGGCGCCCAGUGAAUCCUCCUUUGGCGAGAAAAUGGAGCACAGCUAUAUGCGCGAUACGCCAGCUCGCAGCGAUGUCCACAAUGGCCUGGCGCCCGCCAGGAACAUCCUGGUUCGCCAUCCUCCGCAGUGUCCCAGCUGUCACACCUAUCCGCCGCAGCAGGAGGAGCUCUCCGAGAUGCAGCAGGCCCAUGUGCCGCCCUACGACGAGAUAGCCGCCAAGGAGGCGAUGAAUGAGUGCGCUCGCAUUGCAAAAUACGUUAAGAACAACAAUUCCGAUGAACAGGAUUGGGUGGCGCGCGUUAAUCAAUUUGGCUGGACGCCCUUGCAGCAGUCGCUAUUCGAAAAGGUCUGUGCCAUUUUGGACCAGGAUCAGUUGGCUCGCCUGGCCAACGAUAAACGGCAGCACGAGGCCAUCCAUCGUCGCGUGAGUGCCGACAAGUCCGCCUCCAGGCUGCGCAAAGUUCUGGCCAGCGUCGCCUGGGAGACGCGCAUCACCCAGUGGAUUCACGCCCUGCUCAUGGAUCACCUGUCGCCCUCGUACAUGGCCUCUUACCUGGAUAUUCUGCAGACGCUAAAGACCAAGCUGCCUACUUUGGUGGACAAGAUGCUGUUCAGCCGGCCGCUGAACAACAGCCAGGAGUUGCUGGCUCCGGUGAUGAAAAAGCGCUGGGAGCCGAACAUCCUGCCCAAGGGCCGCCAACUCACGCACAACGCCAUCAUGGUGGUGCUGCCCACCAUGCCCACCAGUGGUCCCGUCUCGGAUCGCAUGCAGAAGUGGUACCAGGCACUGGCCACCAUCACCCAGGUGGUGCAGAUCUCGCUGCCCAAUACGAACAACAGAAUUGGCAAUCAGAAUCUGGACCAGGUGGCCGAGACCAUUGUGUCCCUCACUCGCGUCAAGAUCCACGAAUUGCGCACGGAUAAUCCCAGUCGAGGCAUCAUUCUCGUUGGCUUUAAUGCUGGUUCUGCCUUGGCUCUGCAGGUUGCUCUUUCGGAGAGUGUGGCCUGUUUGGUUUGCAUGGGAUUUGCCUACAACACGAUGCGUGGUCCACGAGGAACGCCCGAUGAUCGCAUGCUGGACAUCAAGGCGCCCAUACUGUUUGUCAUCGGUCAGAAUUCAGCUCGCACAAGUCAGGAGGAAAUGGAGGGCUUGCGCGAGCGAAUGCAGUCCGAAUCUUCGCUGGUUGUCGUAGGCAGUGCCGAUGAUGCACUGCGCGUUCCAAAAAGCAAACGGCGCAUAGAGGGCGUUACCCAGUCCAUGGUGGACUACAUGGUGGUUGAGGAAGUCUUUGACUUUGUGAGCAGGACAUUGAGUAAUCCUCCUGGACCUCGAAUGCCCACUUCCCUGAUGCACCAGCAGGGUUAUCAACGCCAACAGAAGCAGCCAACUCACAUUCUGGCUGAUGGAAACGCAAAUAAGGCUGUCCAACAGAUGCGCAAGAGGAAAGUGGACGGCGGUCUCGAUGAUCCAAUGGGUCAGCCGGCCAAAUCAAAGUUUGUGCCUCACACUCGCGUCCACAAGCCGAAGCCACCGCGUCUCAUUGAUCCGUUUGCUGCCAAGCGAAAGGUUGGAAGACCCCGAACUCGACCCCUUCCUAAUGUCGGUGGCCAAAAAGGUGCACCUCAUCCAGAGAAAUCGAAGUUGAGCAGCGAAGAACUAAACCAAUCCAUUGAAUUCAUACUAGAUGAUGCCCUGGACUACGAAGAUGCGCAAUCGACGACGGCAGGAGGAUCAGCGGGAGUGCCCAAGGUGAUCACUCCAGGUGUUUUGGGGAAACAAUUGCCGCCAGUUAACCUCGCAGCCGGCACCAAGAUCAAGAUGAUACCCUCCAAUCAGUUUGUCCAGAUCAAGCAUCUUCCGGCGCAGGGAAAACUCAUCAACUACACGCUGAACAAGCCAGGUGGUGCGACCACAAGCGCCGCCACCAUUGGCAGCAUUGUUAAGACGCUGCCAAGCUCAUCGGUUGGUGGUCAGCAGAUCUUUACCUUGAAAACGCCCACUGGACAAACGCAGCAAUUUGCAACGGCUGGGACAUCGGCGGGUGCAGUUGGAUCAUCGGCAACCACAGGAUCGGGACAACAGAAGUACACGGUGUUUAAAAACGCAAACGGCAUGACCAUGCUGCAUCUUACAAAGAGUGUACCUACUUCUGCAACCAAUAGUCCUUCGGGGAGUGUGGAUUUGUCCAACAUUAUCGAUAUGCCCAUAGUUUUUGCCGACAACGAAGGCAACAUUCCCGAGCAUCAACAGGCAGACAAGGAUAUUAAAACAGCACCCAUUCGUAGCGCCAACAAGAGCCCUCUGAUCAUCAGUCAGAAGAUCAUAAAGGAGGCUAAUAAGCCACCUGGCAUGGUAACCAACAGUGGAGGCAUUUCGGGCGCCACCAAGUCGGGAAAUAUAGUGCUCAACAAAGGCCUCCAGCAGUUGUUCACCCCUGCGCCCGGCGGAACGGUUGCCAGUCAGAACAAAGUGGUCUAUCUCAACCGGAAUACAAUAAAACCAAUGGGAAAUGUGGUGACUGGGACUCAUCGAGUACCCAUACGGAUAGUAAGCAGUCCAAAGACGGGAGGAGCAGUGACGACCACGGCUUCCAGCAGCCCUAUCAUGGUAGAUCCUGCAACGGGAUCUCUGGUUACCAGUGUCAAGACCGUCAAUGUGCAGACCAUCAAGCCAACGCAAGGAACUCUUCGACAAGCGGGUGCCGUGGGCAGCAAGGGCUAUUCGCAGUUCCAGGUGAUUAAUAGCACUACAGGAGCAUCCAAAACAGUUUCUGGAGACGGCAAGACGCCCGUGCGAAAUAUCUACUUCAAGUCCGCCAUUGGACUCAAGCAAUUGCCAGUGCAAAUGCUGGGCAAUCGAAUACCGGGUGGAGCCGUUGUCUCAUCUUCAGCAGCGACAUCUUCGGGAGCCGCAGCCCUGCGCCGAGUGGUCAACAUCGGGCCCGUUCCCAAGGUGACGGCCACGUCGACAACAACGACUUCGACGGCUGCUACGCCCACCCAAAGCAAAAACUAGAAUUAGUUAUAGAUGAUAUAGCACUGUAAAUAUGUUAAGAAAGCCAUUAAUAAGUUGGUGAUUAGGGGGUCUUUAAUUUCCCCCUACCCAUUAUUUCAAGGAUUAUUAUUUCACUAAAAUAAAACAGAUAAAUUGACAGAAAA